AUGGCCAGUGUGCGCACCAUCGGUGUUGCUGCGGGAGCUCAGCGGUGCCUUAGUAACAGCCAGUCUGCUGUUCCCAAGUGUCCGCACGAACACGCCUUCACUCAGCCCACGUGCUACAUCAUGGAGAGGCCAAGGAUCAGCUGGUCUUAUCAGUUUGUGUGUCUUCCUCGGUUUAGGGGAUACGCAACAAAGCAUGUUGUGGAAGGUCUGGAGCCAAGGACGCUCUAUCGAUUUCGACUGAAGGUCACCAGUCCCUCUGGAGAAUACCAAUACAGUCCAGUCAUCUCAGUAUCUACGACCAGAGAACCCAUAAGCAGCGAGCAUUUCCAUCGUGCCGUCAACGUGAAUGAUGAAGAUUUACUUGUUCGAAUCCUUCAAGGAGGCAAUGUUAAGGUUGAUGUUCCCAAUAAGUUUGGCUUUACUGCUUUGAUGGUCGCUGCCCAGAAAGGAUACACCAGGCUUGUGAAAAUCCUAGUUUCCAACGGCACAGAUGUGAACCUGAAGAAUGGAAGUGGCAAGGACAGUCUCAUGCUCGCGUGCUACGCAGGACACCUAGAUGUUGUGAAGUAUCUCCGAAAACACGGCGCUUCCUGGGAGACCAGAGACCUAGGAGGCUGUACAGCCCUGCACUGGGCAGCAGACGGCGGCCACUGCGGUGUCAUUGAGUGGAUGAUCAAGGACGGCUGUGAGGUAGACGUCGUGGACACCGGCUCAGGGUGGACUCCGCUCAUGCGCGUCUCCGCAGUAUCUGGAAACCAGAAAGUAGCCUCUCUUUUAAUUGAGGCUGGAGCUGACGUGAACAUGAAAGAUAAAGAUGGGAAGACCCCUCUGAUGGUAUGCCCUUCCUCAGAAAACAGUCCAGUUUUAUGUUUGGAAUCAAGGUCAGAGAUCUUCCUAUCAUGAGACAAUUCUCGGGAGUUUAGCAGCCCUGGGGUCUGGUUGUAGAUGUUGUCCCCAUGGCUUGUUAAUCAAGGCAUGAGAACUAUGGUGUUUCUGUUGCUGUUUUCCAAUUAUUUCUUUGAGGAUCCCCAGCCCCAGCCCCCAGGACCAUCAUUGUGAGAUCCAAACAAACCUGUUCAAGCAAAGACCUUGCCGCACUCUGAGCUGUCCUGGUUGAGCAUCUCGUGUUAUUUUAUGUGCACAAAGGCAGGCUCCAUUUCCAUGCUUCCUGCGGUUGUCAUCGCUGUGGAGUUAGCAGUACACAUGCCUGCCCCUGCAAAUCCAGGUGGCCCGGCCAGUGCACCUGUGGACUCAGGGCCCCUGUACGUACCAGCAGACACACCUGCUGCCUGUGCUCGCCUGGGUAAGGGAUCACAGACUCACACCUUCCACUUUUGUUUUUAGGUGGCCGUGUUAAAUAAUCAUGAAGCGUUAGUUCAGCUCCUUCUUGACAAAGGGGCAGAUGCAAGUAUAAAGAACGAAUUCGGCAAAGGUGUCCUAGAAAUGGCCAGAGUUUUUGACAGACAG